AUGACAAAGAAGCGAAACAAGUGUCGCAACAAUUGCCAAGCCCACUAUCAAGCGCUACUCGAGGCGUUGAAAGGGGAGAUGCGGCGACAGUUGCAACCUCCGAACCCAACAGCCCUUCUGGAUGCUCUUCGACGAAUUCCAUACUGGGGGGGGCGCGUCACUCGUAACACGCUAUUGCAUGCGUGCGAACACGGAGCCACCCCCUCCACUGUGGAGUACAUUGUCAAGUGGUUCUGUCAAGACAAAGCAGUAUCCCGUUUCGAUUCGAGGAAGGGGCUGGUAUUGGCGACGCAAUCCCGUAACUUCCCCCUGGUGGAAUACUUGUUGGCCACGUUUAAGAACUUCGAGGAUUACGACGAACUCCUCUUGAUGGCAACGAACACGAACGACGAAGAGUUUGUCCUACGAUGUCUGUCAUUGCAGGCCGUUCAAACCUUCGUGACUAGCGUCGAGGCUUCAUUUAAGCCACUCUAUAUUGCCCCUACAUCUGUCUACGAGGGAAAUGUCCAAGUUGGUGAUUUAAAGCAAGACGUGGGUGUGGCGACGACGUUGCGGUACUUGUCACAUCGUCCUGGGAUUCGUUGGAUCGCUCAUGCUAUUACCCACGGCAUGCGACAAGUGGUGAAAUGGAUGGCCGUGCAUUGUCCUCUUGCUGCUGGAGAGGCAACACUGUGUUGCGGCUGCACUGGCCAAGAGCUUGGUACGACGGUGGGAUGGGAAUUGUACCAACGCCACGAAGGCGUCAACGUCCAGAUCCGCAAGUUCUACGACGCAAUUGAAGUUGGAGACGCUGAUUUGGUAUGCUGCCAAUUGGCCGCCGAGCCAGCCUUGAUUCGAUCCAAACUGGACCUUGACAUUUCUGCAGCCAUGACGAGCUCGGUAUCCCCCAACCCCAUCGCGCUCGUCGAAGCCCUUCGCCAACACGUGCAAAACCAUGACCUUCAACCAGCACAAGUGUUUUUGCAUGCUUGUGAACACGGCGGGGGAGUGGAGACGGUGGUGUAUAUCUGGGAAUGGGUCGAUUCCACCACAACCUCCCGACAAUCCCUCCUGUCGAAGGGACUCUACGGGGCGAUUCAAAGUCAGAACCUGCCAGUGGUGAGGUUUGUGCUGACGGUCGCUCCACAGUUGUCAACUACUACGGACGCCGAACAGCUUGCUUUGGCUGCCAUGGGGACUGAAAACAAGAACUUUGUGCUUGCGCUGCUGAAGCUACCACAGAUGACCGAGUUCUAUAAAACGAUGAACUCGCAGGGGUACGGGCAGCGUAGAAAUUGGUUCAAGGACUCUUGUUUCGUGAACGACGCUGAUUACGACGAGGUCCAUUCCCAUUUCCAAGUCCCUAUAGCUUCGAGAUGGCUACAGCGUGCGAUACUGUACGACAUGCCUCGGGUGGCUGAGUAUCUGGCCGAGUGGUGGCCCAAUGUGGUGCGAAAAGACGUGUUUGUCCAUUGCUACCGCCAUACAUGGCAAAAUCUUGGCAUAUGGCGCGAAUUGAGCCAGCGAUACAAGUGGGAUGUGACGUGGCAGAACGUCAAAGUGGCGCAUCUCGUGCAGCGUCGUCUAUUGCCAGGUUUAGACCACGUUGGCUGGUAUAUCGCCACAGCCUUGUAUUUGUUCAACCUGCCAGUGGAAUACAACCACGCGACUUGCAAGUCACGUGAUCAAGUCGAGAGUUCGUCAAAUUAUGCCAACGAUAUCUACGACAACGACGACGAUUCAGGGAAAAACUAA